AUGGCUACUUACACUACAAAAAAAACUCGGGAAUUAGUGGCGCGAAUUGCACAGAAUCUGAACAGGCACCUGGUGCUCCCUCUCUUGGAGUUUCUCCAAGAACGACAGCUAUACCUAGAGGAACAGAUCUUCAAGUCUAAAAUCGAGCUCUUGAGCAAAACUAACAUGGUCGAUUACGCCAUGGAUAUCCACAAGAGCCUCUACCACACUGAAGACGUCCCUCAAGAUAUGAUUGAGAGGAGAGCUGAAGUCGUAGCGAGAUUGAAGGCCCUAGAGGAGGGGGCGGCCCCUCUUGUGGCGUUUUUGCAGAAUGCAAACACCGUGCAGGAGUUGCGAGCGGACAAACAGUACUGUCUUCAGAUGCUUAAUGACCGCUUCCAGAUUGGUCCAAAGCAGAUUGAGGCACUAUAUCAGUAUGCCAAAUUUCAGUUUGAAUGUGGAAACUACUCUGGUGUAGCUGACUACCUGUAUCAAUACAGGGCCUUGUGCACUAACAGUGAAAGGAGUCUGAGUGCACUGUGGGGGAAGUUGGCAGCUGAGAUAUUGAUGCAAAACUGGGAUAUUGCUCUUGAAGAACUUAAUAGGUUGAAAGAAAUAAUUGAUUCAAAGAGUUUCUCGUCACCAUUAAAUCAGAUGCAAAGUCGAAUAUGGUUGAUGCAUUGGAGUCUUUUCAUCUUUUUCAAUCAUGACAAUGGAAGAACACAGAUUAUUGAUUUGUUUAAUCAGGACAAGUAUCUCAAUGCCAUUCAAACGAAUGGUCCCCAUGUUUUGAGAUACCUAUCAACUGCAUUCAAGGUCAACAAAAGGAGACGACCCCAAUUCAAAGACUUUAUAAAAGUAGAUGUAAUCGUGAUUUUAAAUGAUCCAUUCCUUGGAAAACGAGUUGAAGACAACAACUUUUCUACUGUGAUUUUAAAUGAUCCAUUCCUAGGAAAACGAGUUGAAGACAUCAACUUUUCUACUGUGCCUAUGAGAGAUGAGUUCCUUGAAAAUGCUCGCCUAUUUAUCUUUGAGACUUAUUGUCGUAUACAUCAACGUAUUAACAUGGGAGUCCUUGCUGAGAAAUUGAACCUGAAUUAUGAGGAGGCCGAGAGAUGGAUUGUAAAUCUUAUUAGAAACUCAAAGCUUGAUGCUAAGAUUGAUUCACAAUCAGGAACUGUUAUCAUGGAGCCUAAUCAGCCCAAUGUGUAUGAACAGUUGAUAGAUCACACCAAGGCAAUAUCGGGCCGUACUUACAAAUUAGUCGGUCAACUUUUAGAACAUGCACAGGCACAAACUGCACGAUGA